AGCACACGAAGAAGGGGAUCAGCAUAUAUUCAGGCAAAAUAAAACAAUAAUAAUAGGCAUAAGGUGACGACGGCAAACCAAAAACGAAUGCGCAAAAGGCCGGGGCAAACACACACAAACUCACAAGCACAAACAGAGAAGCGAAAUCAUGACUCAUGCACUCAGUACAAAAGUGUACGUAUACUUUUCCCUGCUUCUUCUUCUUCGCGCCGCCACCUCCUUCUGCUUCCUCCUCUUCUUUCUCUUGUCCGUCUCCCCACCCACCGUUACUUCGUGCCUGAGUACUAAUGUGUUUCUGCGCGGGUGUGAGUGAGCGAGAGAGGUAGAGCAUUUAUAAAAAUAAUACUUGAGCAUGGAUAAAAGCGGCGAACUUAAGGAGGAUUAAUAAAUAAAAGCACAUUAUAAUUAUUUUUUAAAGCUAAAGUCUCAUUUUAUGUAUAAGUUUCAUUUUGUACUUAGUUUUCUUUCUGUGUAUCGGUCAAAAUAAGACUGAAUCAAGGAUUCUGAUCCGACAGAUGCAAAUAAAACGAGCAAGAGAGAGGAAGCGAUAUUAACCAGCUGUUGCUGCGCCCGCACCUGAAAUCCACAACAACAACAACAACAACAGCGACCAUAAAACACCAACAGUCGAGGCCGCACGCACAAGGAUAACCCACUAAAAGAAAAAAAAACCGAAUCGAUGACUCAUGAACAGGAACCGAAAUGUUUACAAAAAUAGAACAUAUGCCAAAACGAAACAGCGCCGGAGGGAAAGAGUGGGUGUGGCCAAAGUCGCAACACAGUUACGGCAGCAACAACAAUGCGCGACGACGACGCUGCCGCCAUGCUGUCUGCCAACGCCAACACGCAACAGCAACAACAAUGCGGCAGCCAAAGAAGGAGAAGGAACGGAGGACGGAAGGAGCGAAGGAGGCGAGGAAGAGAGCGAAUGGAUAAGCGUAGGAGCAGCCACAACAAAAACUUUUAGAGGUGGAAGGAGCAUUGCUCCUUAUCAACACACCCUAAUUGUGUCCAUGGGAGCGAGGGAGUAAGAUAGAUACAUGCAUUCCACGGUGGAAGUUACUUUGAUUUCAGCUUUGCUUUAAAAUCGUUUACUGUU